AAAAAAAAACAAACUGAAGAACAGACUGGAACAAAAAGGAAUAAGGCAUCUCAGGAGCAGAUUCAGUCUCUGUACCCUUCAGUAACCAACACACCCACAACCGUGGGCCUUCCUCCACCUCCCCAGUAUUCUGCUGCAGCUCAAUCAAAUCAGGCCACUGUGGAGAGAGGAGAUACAGCUGCCAGGAGAAGUGUUCUGCAAAAGGGCCCAAUGACAGUGAUAGUACUGAAAGCAGCAGAGCCAUUUGAAUAUGAGUCACCAGAAGGGGGGGAAAACACAAUGUUUCAUGCUACAGUGAUUACUGCAAGUCAGUUUUUCCAAGUGAAGGUUUUUAAUACCAACCUUAAAGAGAAAUUCACAAAGCAGAAGGUCAUUACCAUAUCAGAUUACUUUGAAUGCAGAGGAAUCCUGGAGAUAAAAAAAAGCACAUCUGUGUCUGAAGUUGGUCUUGAUCAAAAGUGUGAAGUUCCAAACAGCAUUGUCAAAAGAGCAAAAGAAACUCCCAAGAUGGGUAGUCUUUGCAAGCAAGCUUCAGGAACACUUAUGUAUGGGUUGUUUGUGUUAUAUCAGAAAAAAGUAAAUAAGAAGAACAUAAUCUAUGAAAUACAGGAUAAUACAGGAAAGAUGGAUGUUGUGGGGAAUGGAAAAUGGCACAAUAUCAAGUGUGAGGAAGGAGACAAACUUUGACUUUUCUGCUUUCAACUGAGAACAAUUGACCAGAAGCUGAAACUCACAUGUGAAAAUCACAGCUUCAUCCAGUUGGGAACUGGAUGGAGAAACAUUAGUUUUCCAGAAAGGUCAUCGUUCUCCAAAAGUACUGGAUAUGGUCUCUUUAUUGCAGAAGUGAGCCACUUGGGGGUAGUUGAUCUGUGCACUAUGAGCCAUACAGGGUGGGGCACACAGAGCCUCAUCAACAUUAGGGUCUACAUUCUGAAUGUGAUUUCCAUAGGACAAGGCCCUAACCAGGGCCAGCCUAAGAAAGCAGAACAGAGGAAUCAUAUAUUAUAUGACCUAAAUGACAACACAGGAAGGAUGGAAGUAUUGGUGUUUGGAAAAGAGAAAAUCCAGUGUAAAGAAGGGGAUAAACUUCAACUUACUUUCUUCAAGUUGUCAAAAGCUGGAGAAAAACUACAGCUGAAAUCUGGAGUUCAUAGUGUCAUUAAGGUGAGAACUUCACGGAGGAAAGUCAACUCUCCAAAAGGAUAA